AUGUCUUUGGACUCUUUGCCCUUCGAGGUAAUCUGUCUUGUUGCAUCAUACCUGCCAUCCGACAGACAUAGACUCUCACUUCUGCGAUGCAAUCGUGUGCUUCAUGAUACCGUGAUCAAUGUCCUUUACAAGCAAAGAAGACGUACUGCAUUUAGUACGCUGUCAUGGCUGUUAGAAAGGGGAUUUGAACGAGGGACCCAGCACCUAAUAUGGCGCAGCAACCUAGACUUGAACACUUUCAUGUUCAGCUGGAUCGCCUCCAUCAACACACCCUUACUCAUUGCCAUCGGAUCGGGUCAUGUGAAUAUGGUGGAGCUCCUUCUGCGCAAUGGAGCUCACGUCAAUCUCGAAACAAAUAUAUCUCCCUUGGGAUAUGCUGCGGCUCUGGGAUACUACGACAUGACAUGUUUACUCCUCCAACAUGGCGCCCAUGUAGACCUUGGGGGCGUAGUGCGCCGUGUGUCUCCUCUUGGAAGAGCUCUUGAAUUUGGCACCCCAUCCCAAAAAUAUUUCCCAUACUCAUGUAGGGAGGCAAUGUGUAGUGAUUCGUCAAAGCUCGAACCAGAGGAUGAGGUUGUCGCUGUGAUGCAACUGCUGCUGGCUCACGGGGCAGAUCUUCAUUUCGAGUGCGAUGGCACCUUGGCUAGUGCCCUGCACAGGAUUCCCAAGAGGUCACGGAAAUCGCUAGAGAAAUUGUUCGGUUUGUUUCUUAAUUAUGGUGCUGAUUUAAGCGCACAAGAUUUGGAAGGAAAUACUCCCCUUCAUGUUGCCUUCUCCGAUAACGCAUUCUUGGGAGAUAUGAAAGCCCAAAAAGAGUUUGUACGAUUACUCUUACGGUCUGGUACCAAUGUUAACCUAAAGAACCAAUACGGAGAGACGCCACUAGGUAUCAUAUUUGAGAAUCCGGGCAUCUUCGAACAUCUCUUGAAACCAGGGACUAAAACUCGCUGUCGUGGAAAAAGCGGAGACGAAAUUAUUUGGAAUCUUCUGCGAAUACGGCGGAAUAAGCAAAAGAUAGGCUCACGGCAAUAUGUGAUCAAUACUAUCAUCAUAGAGCUACUCUUGGAGCACGGGGCCUGUGCAGAUCAAAUCAUCGAAUGGGGAUGCCCACUGGACUUACCUGCGGCACAGGAAUACCCCAUACUGAAAGAUUUGAUGGGAAAUAGGAUUCCAAGGAAGGCCCCCCGAAAGAAGUCAUACCUGGCCCUGAAAGAUAGCGGGCCGACGGAGUCCACGAAGCCCAUAAGAAGAUCGCCCCGGAUAAAUGCCGCAAAAUAG